AUGUCCAGAAUUACUCCAUUACAGCCAUUGAACAGCGGACAGCUCAACGUCCGGAGCAACCUCACGCCAAUAAAGGCUACCAAAUCCACCACUCAACCUUCUCAAAGUCAACCGAAAAAGAAGAAAGAAAAGCUUUCAGCUUUGUGCAAAACUCCUCCUUCAAUUGUCAGAACUAGAAAUGGACGUGAUUAUCACCGAGGUACAUUCUUGGGCGAAGGAGGGUUUGCUAGGUGUUUCCAAAUGAAGGACUCUGCGGGCCACAUUUAUGCUGCGAAAACUGUUGCCAAGGCUUCCAUCAAAAAUGAAAAAACAAAGACAAAACUCUUGUCGGAGAUCAAGAUCCACAAGUCGUUGAAGCAUGCCAACAUCGUCAACUUUGUAGAUUGUUUUGAAGACGACAUUAACGUGUACAUUCUCUUGGAGAUUUGUCCCAACCAGUCGCUCAUGGAACUUCUCAAAACCAGAAAAAGAGUCAGUGAACCCGAAGUCCGGUACUUUAUGGUUCAAAUCGUGGGCGCUAUCAAGUAUCUCCACUCACGUCGUGUUAUCCACCGAGAUUUGAAGCUUGGAAACAUCUUUUUCGAUCCCGACAUGAACUUGAAAAUUGGCGAUUUUGGACUUGCUUCGGUGCUUCCCGACAACAAUUCCAAAAAAUACACCAUCUGUGGAACCCCCAACUACAUUGCCCCCGAGGUGCUCGGCGGAAAGCUGGUUGGACACAGUUACGAGGUAGACAUCUGGGCCAUUGGAAUCAUGAUGUAUGCCUUGUUAAUUGGCAAGCCUCCAUUCCAGGCCAAAGACGUUCAAGUUAUCUAUGAACGUAUCAAGAAAACUGAGUAUUUUUUCCCUGCCGACAAACCCAUAUCCGAAGAAGCCAAGACUCUCAUCAAAGACUUGUUGAGCUUGAAUCCAUUGAACAGACCAACCAUCAACGAAAUUUUAUCCUACGAUUGGUUCAAAGGUCCGUUCCCCGACAAGACCCACGAGAUCAGUUUAAGCGACACUCCUCGUGGGCUCAAUGUAAUUUCCAAGGCACAGUCUGCCAUUAAUUUCACCAACACCAAAGCUGAAGCUGGAAUUUACACUCCCAAGUCCAAAGAUCCGGUAGAAAUCUUGCGUUCGGAUUUGCAUUCCGAGCAACCGAGAACGUUGUUACCUAAAUCGUUAUCUCCUGGUGAUACCAAAAACAAAUAUCAGGAAGUGGACCCGACAUCCAUGGGUAGACCAAGAAAGGUGACAUUCAACUCGAAAUUUGCAACCACCAUUAAAAGACUCGAUCAGAUUUGUUUCGAAACUUACCAGAACAUGAGACGGUUGGAGUACUCGAAGCAUGAGAGAUUGGAAACUGUAGAGCUUCCUAGCUGUGAAAAUCCAUGUCUUAUUAGUAAGUGGGUCGACUAUUCCAACAAGUACGGGUUUUCAUACCAAAUGAACAACGAUGAUAUUGGAGUAUUGUUCAACGACGGCAAUACGUUCUUAAAGCUGCAUAACUCGGACCGGUUUCUCGAGUUGAUAUUUCAUGAAAAUGAAGGGUGGACAUGUAUUGAAAACUCGGUUAGCCAUCCACCAAGCCAAGCCAAAAGAUCCCUUGAGAUCGUCGACUUUUUCGCCAAGUAUAUGAACAGCAACUUAUCCAAGGUGAGCGACAACGAGGAGAGGAAAGAAACGGUGUUUCUCCGCAGAUAUACCAGAACACCGGACUAUAUAAUGUUCGAGAUGACGAAUGGAAAUUUCCAGUUCAACUUCAAGGACCAUCACAAGGUGUGUAUUUCCAAGUUGGGACUUGCCAUUACUCACAUAUCUCCUAACAGAGUGACGCAGACGCAUCCAUUGAUCUUGGUGUUGAAGCAGGGCUACUUUCCAUCGUCCGAUAUGCCCGACAGCUUGGAGAAGAUAGCCACAAUUCGGGAUGCCAUUAAAAGAAAGGCCCUCAAGGAGUAG